AAGAUCCCCCAUCCCAACGCAAAAGGAACCAAAGAUUACAAAAAGGAGCAAAAACAAAGGAAAACAAAGCAGAGGAGUCUGCAUAAAAAUAGAAUAGAUCAGUCCGGCAGUACCAACCAGCACCAAAACCAGUCCAGCAGCACCCACCAGCAACAGACCAACCAUACCAACCAGCACGAAAAAACCAGUACAAACAGCCAUCAGCACAAAAACAGACCAACAACACAAAAUAGAACAGCUGCAACAGUCCAGCAGAACAACAAGCAGCUCAAGAGACACCCAAGUCAGGCUAUCAACGCAAAAAGGAAAGCAGCAGCAACAGUCCAGCAGGAACAACACAACAAGCAGUAG